AUGACGCUCCACCUGAGUCUACCGGGGUCGCAUCACCACAACAAGCAGACCGAGCAACAGCAAGAAGUGCGCGAGGCACGACGGCAGUUGAAGGAGCGCAUAAGGAAUGACUGGCAGUAUCCGCCUUUGCCGGAAUGGAGGUCAAGUGGUCGCCAUGCCCAGGCGCAGGUAGAGGACGCAGAAGCACGAAUAGCAGGGUUCAGGUUCCACACACCGAACAAACCGGACAGGCUGAGCGACGGGACCGGGGAAGCGCUGGGUCUCGACUUUGAUCCUCUGGACUGGAGGGAAAGAGAGUACUCCAGCAACGAUGACUCUGAUGUGGAGAACCAGCAUUCGCCCGCAAUGAUGAACUCGAAAUCGAGCUCGAAGGGCAGCGUCAGCAAGUUCGACUCUCCAGACAGUGUAGGGGCACAAUUGUCGAACCGACACAUGGCAAAGAAACGCAAGCGCUGGCAAGCUCUUGAGGAGGAGAUGAGCUGGAAUUACGGUCUAUCACAUUGGAUGCGAAGACGCGAUGCGUGGUGCUGUGCGCGAACAGCGACGGAUGUCAGUAUACUCGAGAACAGCCAGCAUGGAGACCAGUCAGGGUCGGCAUCAGGGUCGGUCAGCUCGAGUCCUCGGACCUCAACUUCGUCUAUGCCCGCAGAAGAGCACUCCACGCCCGGCUCAACACCCUCUAUAUCACCUGACAUAGGAGCUGGAAGAACAAUGGUGGCGCCUACGACCGUCUCCCCAGUGGAGGUGCUCGUGCCCAUAGCACCACCACUACUCCCCGAUCACCCGGUCCGGCGGAAGAUCACACCCAACAUGUUUCCAGAGAUCUACACAAAAGUCAUACUUCAAUCUCGAACACCAUCCGUUCCGAUCAAUCUCCAGACGUUAGUGACUGCGUUAGUGCAAGGCUGGAAAGAUGAUGGCGAGUGGCCGCCAAAGAGUGGACCUUUGGAGAAGAGUAUUGGUCGAAAGAAGGGCAGUCAUACUGGCGGCAUUAAAGAGGGCGUUAAAAGGGUGCUCAGAAUCACUAGUGUCGGCGAGAGUGGCAAGAGCUAA